AUGGUGCACUAUCGCCGGAUGGUGGCCGCGGCGCUUCACAAACUCGAGGAGGAUGCGCGGGAGAGCGGAGCCCCGAUCGAUUUGGGCACCGGCGAAGGCGGCGGCGGCGGCGGGGAACGCGGCGACGGCGUCGACGAUCACGUGGACGACGGGUCGUUCCACGGGUCCACGGCGCAGCAGGUUGGCGCGAUGGUGCUCAAGCUGCACGCGGGAGAUCCACAGCUGGACCGCGAAGACUGGUAUCAGAGGGUCCGGGCCGCUCUCAGGGGCCUGACGAAGGACGGGGAGGUGGACAUGCUGAACCUGAACCGCUUCAGGCUGGCGGUGGAGGAAGAGGGUGACGGGGUGACGUGGAAGCUGAACGUGCGGUUCAACGACGAGGACCUGAUGCAGGUGGAGGUGGAGGUGAGAGCGAACCCCGACUCGGAUACCCCGCGACUCGACCCGAGACGGGAGGACGCGCGCGUCGCGACCCAAAGACCGAUCCCGCCCUUUUCGUUCGCCCCGAGCGAAAGAUUCUUCAGCACAUCGCUCCCCGCCUCUCGAUACUCACCGUCCCCACCCGCCGUCAUCCACCCUUCGCAGCCCACGUGCACGUGCGCGCAAAUACGCGAGCUGGUUCGGACCAAGUUUGGCGCCAGGAUGACCUCCGAGCGGGUGCGGCUCAGGUUCAACGGCGCCGAGGUUGGCACUCGCCGAGGCGGUGACGCGUCCAACCUCGGCGGUGACGCGUCGACGGCGCCGGCGCGACCCGAGGCGACGCGGCUCGCCGAGGCGGGCGUCACCGACGGGUCGACGCUUGACCUCAUGAUCGAACCCGUCGACAGGGACCCCGAGCCGGACCCCGAACCAGAGCCCGAGCCAGAGCCAGAGCCCGAGCCAGAGCCGGAGCCAGAGCCGGAGGAGCCGGCGGCUGCCCCCGUGGUUAACCGCGAGGAGAAAGAUACGCGGUACGCUACGCACUGCGCGUGUCGUCUCUGCGGCGAGAUGAGGGAGAAGGCUGACUUCACCGCGACUGUCUGGAAGAGGAGCCAAGCGGAUCGCAUUUGCAAGCGUUGCGUGGGCAAGGAAAUGACGUGUCGUUUGUGCUCCAUACCGAGGCUUUGGCGUUAUUACACUGGCUGGUUACACCAGAUUAAGCGUGAGUGCGACGUGUGCACGCAGAGCGGCCAAUGCGCAUUGAGAUUUUGCAGCGGCUGCAAGCAGAUGAAGCUGAUGAUGGACUUCUCAAAUAAUCAGGCUCAGAAGAAAAACAAAGUGCGGAUGUGCCAAGUUUGCAUGGGCAAUGCAAAGGAGGACAAGUCAAUUGGCCUGAAGCUCCGGGAAGGAGAUGUUAUCGUUAUUGACUCGAAGAGGCAGCCCGGGGAAGGGGUGAAACAGUGCAGCAACUGUGGCGAGUUCAAGCCGAACGACCAAUUCACGAAAUCUCAGCUUAAGAGGUCGGCCAGUGCACGGCGUUGCCUGGAGUGCCUGAAAACAUGCCUGAAAGAUGUGCCGCAUUCGACGGACAGCACCUCGAAACCUCCGGAGAGUACCUCAAACCCCCCGGAGAGCGAUACCGACGAGCAGCUGAACCGCCACGAGGUUGUCGAGAAGGAGGCGGUCGGUGACGGGGGAUGGAACGAGGGCGGCGACGGCUGGGUCAACCUGGUCAAGGAAUCCGGGGAUGAACGGGAAGACGACGUCGAGGAAGAAUUUAUCGAGGACGACGGCUUUGACGAUUAUUACGAGGAAGAAAACGAGGAGAGGAACGGCGACAGCCGCCGCGCCUCCGUCAACGCAUCUCUCGGCCUCCCCGACGAGGAAGACGCGGAGUUUCUGGACGCUUCCGACUACGAGCGAGACUCGCUCUCGGGCGACUCCCACGAAAACUGUGAACUGUACGGGACUCUGCACUCCCAAGUGUCGUCCUUCGCGUCCACCGCCGGGCCGGACGAUUCGGACCUGCAGGACAGGCUCGUCGUGCAGAAGAAGGUGAGCGAGGCGAUCACCGCGCUCUAUCCGGAGGCGCGGUUGGAGGUUUUCGGAUCGGGCGCCACCGGGCUGGCGCUCAAGUGCGCCGACAUCGACCUCGUGGUGCUAGGCGUGGGGCCCGAGCCCUCGGCGGGCGGGGGAGGGUUCAGCAGAAACGAUCGCGAGGAUCUCGUUCGCAUGCUACGCAAGAUUGAGAAGAGCCUCAGGCGGGAGAAGAUCGUCUGGAAGGCGAACGUGAUAUCCACGGCGAAGGUGCCGAUCAUCAAGAUGAACGCCGGGCGGUACGCCGUGGACCUCACCGUCGGCGCGAGCAACGGCCUCUCCGCGGUGCAGUGGAUCAAGGACCGGGUGAACGAUUUCGUCGCGAUGCGACCGCUCAUCCUGGUCCUCAAGAAGCUCCUGAAGACGCACCACCUCGACGACGCGUCCACCGGCGGGUGCGGCGGGUACCUGCUCGUGUCGUUGGUGGUGUCGCACCUGCGCCAGAGCGGCGAGCCCGGGCGGUCGGCAAACCCGAACCUCGGCGCGCUCCUGUUGGGUUUCCUGAGGCGAUUCGGGAACGAAUUCGACUACUCUCGGAUGGCCGUGGCGGCGGGCCGGCCGAGCGGGGUGAUCCGGGCGAAGGACCUGGUCGUGGGCCCCGGGGCGUUUGGAAUGAGGCCGAUGAUCCUCGCCGAAGAUCCGCAGGAAACCGGCCGCAACAUCACCGGCGCGGCGUACCGCUUCAAGGAGGUCCGCGCCCUGUUUCGCUCCGCGUUGGAGUACAUGUCCGCCGUGGGUGAACUCGCGUUCCUGCAGGAGCUGGCGUCACCGGCGCCCCUCAGCCGGGGCCCGCAGGCGCCGCCGCCGCGGCCGAGCGGCGGGGGCGGGGGGGGCGGUCCGUCGUGGCUUCAGGACAAGCGAAGCUUCUCUCUCAAGCGACCGAGGGAGGAGGGCGCUGGCGUGGAGGCGCGUGAGCCCAACAAGAAGGGAAAGUCCCCGCCCAAGAAGGGAAAGUCCCCGCCCAAGAAGGGAAAGUCCCCGCCUACGAAGGGAAAACCGGAAGGCCAAAAGAAGGGCCAAAACCGGAAGGGACAACGAUAUACAAACAAGAAUCCGGCAACGUGGACCCCGCAUAAGGUCAAAAUCGAGGCAGCUAAGGCGAGGAUCGCUGCGGGUGGUAAGUCGAAUAAAGGGGUGAAGAAGUCACCGCGCAUCGCGGCGAAGAAGAAGUCGCGGGGAGGUUGGGCAACCGAGUGA